UCACUACGAGCUGAUUUAAACUGCUUCUCAGUGAAUAUAAGACAGACAGGAGUGCUGAAAGCAGCUGGAGCUCAGACAUAACAGCAGCGGGUGUACCGGAUUUAAUCGAGCCGCUGUGCAUGUGGACAAACUCAAACACUGCCUUGUAUCCGAGGCUUGUUUUAAGUUGCCUGCGAUCUCUUUAAUGACUCAGGCAGCUAAAGCAAGUCUGGGAGGCCAGAGACAACACGACAGAAACACACAAAGACAUUCAAGAUGAUGACAAUGUGUGUCCUUGUCAAUGGGGAUGCUGAGCUGCUGAUGGGAUUCUUCAUUUGUACGCAGUACAGAUUAGGCGGAUUUACAUGACCUAUUUUAUCAUGAGAUCUUAAAACAAAUAUUUACUUUAUAGCCAGUUUUAAAUAAUGAACACACACCCCGACAACAGUAUACUAACAGUUUAAUCGCCACAAAUAAUAAAGCAUAUCCUCCUUUUCUCCACAACCAAUAACCUUUGUAUUUGUAUUUUGAGGAGUGUUAGAUGGUGAAUGUGUUUUAAUUAUUUGUAACAAAGUUCUAAAUUUAUCUUUCUUUUUACACAAUAUUUUAAAGAUUGUUGUAAUUUACUUGCAUUAUGUUGUAAGAUUGUUGUAAUUUACUUGCAUUAUGUAACAGUCCUGAAGUGACCCCAUCUAUUGUGUAUUAAAGCAGCAUAAGUUUGGGCUAAAAUGUUCUUGUUUACCAUUAUGCACUGAAGCAUGUUUAAAAGGUAAAUAUUCUCAACCAACAUGGAGCAGGCCUUUCUGUUUGCAAAGAGGUAAAAAGGCGAAAAGAAAGAGGAUCUGAACCGGUUUCCAUGUCAACACUUCAAUUCUCCAUAGAAACUCUGAUCUUAACGCAGAAACUUAUUAAACCUUGAUGGUGGAUUGAUAAGGCCGAAUUUUCUAUCGGUUCCUUUUUAUUGUGGAGACGGGGAGGGAUGACAGAGGUAAAUUGCUCUUUUAAUUAAACCAAUGCACCGAAGGAAAUUGCUGUCUGAAUAUUGUCUCAGAGAUGGGGCUUGUGACAGUUGCCUGGAAACUUCAAUCUGUCUCACAUUUAUUCCAGAUCACAGUUUUGAGAUAAAGUUUAAUAAAAAUCUUUGCACCAAUGAAAGCCUACCCUUUCACGUCCACCACCGCCGCCACAAUGCGACAUAACAGCGGAGGAAGCCUUAUGUUUAACAUGUAUCUCUCAGACCCCACAGAAAAUCUUCUGAAGGAAAGCAAAAGCUCCUCUUGGACCCCCAUCAACACAGGCGUGCAAAAAGGAAGUGGACAAAUCCAGUUAUGGCAGUUUCUCCUGGAGCUGCUUUCUGACAGCGCCAACAUGAGCUGCAUCGCCUGGGAGGGCACGAAUGGAGAGUUUAAACUGAUAGACCCGGACGAGGUGGCCAGACGGUGGGGGGAACGCAAGAGUAAACCGAACAUGAACUAUGACAAACUGAGCCGAGCUCUGCGCUAUUACUACGACAAAAACAUCAUGACCAAGGUGCACGGAAAGCGCUACGCGUACAAAUUUGACUUUAACGGUUUGGCGCAGGUGUGCCAGCCCUCCUCGACCGAACAAGCUAUUUAUAAGUUCCAGAGCAACUUCGCUCCCAUUCAGUUUUCAGGUAUUUCCAAGCUCAAUCUGGUUGCUCCGGGUGUUGGUCCGUCGGGCUUCUCCUACUGGCCGGGAUCUCCUCCGACUCUCUACCACAGCCACAACCUGCAGCCGCCUGGACCCUUCGGUGCCGUGUCUGCGUCGCAUUUAAGCUGCGUUAACAAUAUUAAUAGUUUAAAUAACCUCAAUAAUAUCAGUAACCACUAUAACUGAUUUUCCUAUCUGCCUCAGGAGCGCGCGCCGACAGACUAGCCCACACGAGGCUAAUGUAAAAGUUCAACAAGCUGAUUUCAGUACACGUAGACUAAAAUAGUUCAGUGACAGGUAAGAAUCAAAAUGAAUAGGCUUUAAUUACUUUACCACAUUGCAAAGAACAGUUUGGACAUAGCGUUUGGUGGACUUCAGGAUAAGAAAACAUUUAGCGCCAUCUUUUGGAUAACAAACACUGUCGCGACAAAUUCAUCAUGUUCAGCUGAGGAACACAAACACGUUUUGUUUGAUCUCCAAACCUUCAUGGUAAAAUUCACAACUAGAAAAUCAACGCAGUGUUGCAGGAACGACUCUACAUGGUAAGAACAAAUUGUAAGCAAAAACGCGUGUUCGCUACACUUGGAAUCGAGCAUAUUAUUCACAUUGGAGUAGGCUAAUGGAGCAUUUUAAUAUAUAUUUUUUGCUAUUUAUUUAAACCAAUAAUAAUGAAAUAACGGACACUGUAUGUCUGAACAUCGGCCAUACAUUUUAAAAAGUGUAUAUCCUGAUAAAUUGUAAAGAAUAAUUAUGAUUUUUUUUCGUGGUUCACGAGAAUCACCAGUCUGUGUUCUUCUCUGUUGCUUGUGAUAAUAUAUUAAAAUCGUUAUUGUAA